AUGCCACAGUACAACUUUAUCUUGGAGGCAUCCGCUUUCAACAGAGGCCUGGGCAACAUCAAGAGAUGGAUUACUCAAAACACAGACAACGGAAAUACUACUAACACCUCUAUGAAUGAAGAUUUAGAAACCAUUAAUUUGAAUUUCUAUAUCCCUACAUACACUUUGAAAGAAUUGGAUUUCUUACAAUACCAUGAUAAAAGCUUUAACGCAAGGGAAUCAUUGAAAUUCAUCGAUAAUUAUGCCAAUCCCACUCACUCUAACGGCAACAAGAAUGAAAGCAAUGUCCAACUUAUCAUUGAAUUCCCUGACAUUCUGGACUUAGUCCCGUGGUCUGAUAUCCUUCAAUCCACUGAUGGAUCCAACCAAUCUAUAGAUCAAUUAAAUAAAUUACCAAGAAGAUUGAAAAAUUUCUUGAAAAGUUGUAUUUAUAAAUUGCAUGAUGAUGACGUUAAAUGGAUCUUAAUUACGGAAGAUGAGAAAAUUAGGAAAAUUUCAACGUUAUGUAAUAUCCCAUGGUGUUCCAUUGUCGAUGCUGACUCGUUAUUAUCUAAAGAAUUCAAUUAUAAAUCCUUCCAAGAAACUGAAUCUUUUUAUAAUUCCAUUUUGAAAAAUGGCGGUGUUAAACAAAUCAAUUCAAAUGGGGAUCAGAUUAUUAAGACCAAUUUUGAAAAUACUGUGUAUGCGAAAAGAGGUGCUGGUGAAUUAUGGAGUCCAUGA